GUACGACAUAUUCGAGGCAAACGGCUCUCGGAAUGGCUUCCAUGUAGUCACAUACCAAUGACUUACAAGCACUCGACAUUUGGCUGCCUCUGCACAUCUUUGAACGACCCACCAGACAACCCUAUUUUUAUAUCCGCUUCGAAACAGACGCCUUGCCUGGGCCUAGUAUUAUCCUUCUACGUAUUUUCCAUCCUCGUGUACUUGUCAAUGCCCUUAUGUUAUUUGCCGUCUUGGUUUCCUUACGUCAAUUAGCUAUGCAACGAGGCCUUUCCGCGUGAGGGCCUCUAGAAAACCCUUUCAUAGAAUAAUACCUGACAUAAAUAGAACAAGUC